CCAAAAUCAUUAUUUCAUCAUUUUUGUCCCUCCAAUUUUUUCUCUCUCUUUUUCUCCGGCGACCCGUUUUUACUCCGGUCAGUUAUCCGCCGGAAAAUCCUAAAAUUCUUGGUGUACUCACAGCUUCUUCAAUUGUACCUCCGAUCCCCCACUUUACAUUUAUUAACUCAUCAUGAAUCCAGAAUACGACUAUCUUUUCAAGCUUUUGCUUAUUGGAGAUUCUGGUGUUGGAAAAUCUUGUCUGCUCUUGAGAUUUGCCGAUGAUUCAUAUCUUGAGAGUUACAUCAGCACCAUCGGUGUGGACUUUAAAAUCCGCACAGUUGAACAGGACGGGAAAACCAUUAAACUUCAAAUUUGGGAUACUGCUGGUCAAGAGCGUUUUAGGACAAUUACCAGCAGUUACUAUCGUGGUGCUCACGGCAUAAUCGUGGUUUAUGAUGUAACCGAUCAAGAGAGUUUCAAUAAUGUCAAGCAAUGGUUGAGUGAAAUAGAUCGAUAUGCAAGUGAUAACGUGAACAAACUUCUGGUUGGAAACAAGUGCGAUUUGACAGCACAGAAGGUAGUUUCGACAGAGACAGCUCAGGCUUUUGCUGAUGAGAUUGGCAUCCCUUUUAUGGAAACUAGUGCGAAAAAUGCCACCAACGUUGAGCAGGCUUUCAUGGCUAUGGCUGCUUCAAUCAAGAACAGAAUGGCAAGCCAACCGGCAUCAAACAAUGCGCGACCUCCAACUGUGCAGAUCCGCGGACAACCUGUCAACCAAAAGAGCGGCUGCUGCUCAUCUUGAAAAUACGACGACGCUCUGUCGACUCGAUGAUGAUUCUAAUGUGGCAUGUAAAAUUAGUCUCUCUUAAUGGCUCGAUAGGACACGACUAUUCACCGUCGUUACUUCCUUUCAGACACUUCUUCAAAACACUCAAUUCUUUUCAAUGUAUUUGGAUAAACAAUUUGUAAGAAAUCUAGAAAUAUUGGUGACCACUAGUAUUUGCGUUCUAUUCUUUGGACCUUCAUCAAAAUGGUUUAAUAUGCAACUGUUCAAGUUUAGCUA